GUGAGAACAAUGAGUGAUAAUAAAAGAGUUAGCAGGUCGUAUUCCCCAUUCAGUCAGGUUAACAACUCAUUAGCCAAGCAGCAAUAUUCUUUUUCGAAGGGAACAAGAUUUCCAAGAAUAAAAAGCCCAGUAUGUAAAAAUGAAUAUCAAGUUAAGUCAAGUUUUGAUAUUCCUAAGAGAGCAGGGCCUGGAUUUGGGGUUGGCAAGAGGUUCAAUAAAAUUAAAAAAUUAGCCCCUGACGCUGGAGAGUAUAAUGUGAAAAAUUCAUUUAACAGCAGGUCUGCCUCUCUCCCUUCGUUUUCGUUCGGAGGGAGUUCGAAGGAAUAUAAGAAAGCGGAAAUGACUUAUAAAGUUGAUGACCCCGACACAUCGAUUCCUGGGCCAGGAACCUAUAACCCAAAGGGAAUGCUGGGAAGAGAAGGCUGGAAAAUAACGAUGGGAAUAGGUAAUAAGAAUCCAGUCGAUCAUUUAAACCGCACAAGGAACUUCGUGCCAGGCCCAGGCCAUUAUGGGACUAAAGAAGAUAUUAACCCUAAUGGGAUUUAUCAUACAUCUAAAUUUGCGAAUAUCAGGUCAUUGCCGUACCAAGGUUCUGGAAGGAGAUUCAAAGAUAUCAAGAACGAUGUGCCCCCUCCUGGCAAAUAUGACCCUAAGCAGAACUAUUUCAUUCAGGGUAGCAAGAUGAUGAAGAAACCUUUUGGAUUUGGAAAAGAUGCUCGGAAAUCAAUGGAGCUAAAAGAAAUCCUUGCGAAUCCAGGCCCAGGAUCUUACAACCUUCCAGGUACGUUUGCGUACGAAGAUGAUCCAUAUUAUUCAACAAAAUCGAGAAACAAGAUUUCGAUGCCAGGCUCAUUCACUGAGAGAAGGAGCAUAGGUGGAGACAGAUACUAAACCGAUGAGCCUUCGUGACAAAAAUUAAAG